AUGGCCCAGUUUGUGACCCACAUCCAGCCUACGCUGAUGGAGGCAUCCCAAGGUCAUGUGCCCCACCACCACGGACAUCAGGUGGGUGUGCAGCAUUCGUCCCAUCUGCCACACAGUGGUCACAACAUGCCCUCGCCGCCUACCCACAAUCACCACCAUGGCCAUGGACAUGGUCACCACUCUACCAGCGGUGGUCAUCAUGGAGGAGCAGGUGGCCAUUCUCAAAAGCAAUCGCAUCACACCACCACCACUGGCCAUGCCCCCAAGGCACAACAUCACAGCCCGCCCUCACGGAUCCACUCACCACCGACGGAACACCAUCCGGAUCAUAUCGGUCACUACGAGUACUUCCAACAUCAGCAUGAACAGAUCUUUCACCACGACGGAGCCAACGGUGGUACCAACCACAAGCAGCAAUCCCACCACCAUCCUAACAAGCAUGAGCAUUGCCCUACAGGGCACCAGAGUGCGGUAAGUUGUCCUGCCCAGGAUUACAUCAUUGCAUAG